GGGCUGGAGAACUCGCUCCUGGCGCUCGGGCUCGGCGAGAAUCGGCUGGCGCGCGUGCCGACCGAGGCGCUGCGGCCGCUGGUGCGCCUCCAGCGGCUGUCACUUAGCGGCAACCGGCUGCGCGCCGUCGAGGAGAACGAGCUGCCGCCGCUGCCGAACCUCGCCGAGCUCAACCUGGCCGACAACGAGAUCGUGCGGCUGGCGGCAGGUGCGUUCGCUGCGCUACCGAGCCUGACCAGCCUCAGCCUGGAGGGCAACCGGCUGGACGCGCAGCAGCUACGCGGCGGCGCACUGCGGCGGCUCGACCGUCUGCGGCAACUGACGCUCGACCGGAACCUGCUGCGCGGCCCGCUGACGCCGGCGGUGGCGGCGGCGCUGCCCGACGUCGGCGUGCUGUCGCUCGCGCGGAACAACCUGACGUCGACAGCGGCGGGCGCGCUGGCCGCCCUGCGCAGCCUGACCGACCUCGACCUCAGCCGCAACAGUGUGGACGUGAUCGAGGACGGCAGUUUCGUCGGCCUGGGUCGCCUGCGCUCCCUGCGGCUGGACGGCAACCGCAUCGUGACGCUGCCGGCUGCCGCCUUCCGCGGCCUGAAGCGGCUGGCCUCGCUCGACCUGGGCGACAACGCGCUGCUUUCGGUGGCGCCGGCCGUGCUGGCGCCGCUGACAGGCUUGCGUCAACUCUCGCUGCGGCACAACGACCUCAUCCAGCUGGACGGCAGCAUGUUCGACACCAUGCCGUCGCUGAAGCGGCUCGAUCUCGCAGAGAACCCGCUGCACUGCGACUGCCGCCUGCGUGAGUUGGCGACCUACCUGGCAGCGAGCAGGGCCCGCUUGGACGCCGCUGACCUCAGCCAGGUCACGUGUACAACGCCCCCCGAAUUGGAGAACGCGCCACUGCUGGAGGUGAUGGCGGAUCAGCUGACGUGCGCUGACGAGCAGCUGCCGUCGGCUCCCGAGCAGCCCGCCUCCGCUGACAUCAGCCAGCUGGUGCAGCUGCAUUCGGCCGAGCUGGAGGCCGGCGGUGUGGUGCACCUGCUCUGGAGCGUGGACCCGUCCCUCUCACCGUACCGCUGCCGGCGCGUGAUGGCCGUGGAGUUGCGUGCCGGGUUCGUGCGGACUCGCUCUAGCUCCGAGGAGAGCUUCCACAGCGACAGUGACGACCUGGACUCGUUGGGCUAA